AUGGCUAAAGUUAUUGCUAACCGUCUACGAACUGUGAUGGAUAAAUGUAUUAAUUUGGCGCAAACUACUUUUGUACCUAGGAGAUUAAUUUCUGAUAAUGUGUUGCUGGCCUAUGAACUUCUCCAUACUUUAAAGUAUAAGAGGGCGGGGAAGAAGGGGUUUAUGGCGGUGAAACUUGAUAUGAGCAAAGCGUACGAUAGGGUUGAGUGGUCCUUUGUGGAAGUAGUAAUGAAGAAAUUGGGAUUUGAUUCAGAUUGGGUUGCUUCGCUAAUGAAAUGUGUCAAAACAGUAUCAUACUCAGUGGGAUUAAAUGGUUAUAUCGGUGAAAAAUUUUUUCCCAUAAAGAGGACUACGCCAGGGAGACCCUCUAAGCCUUUUUCUAUUUUUGUUUUGUGGGGAGAGUUUAUCAAGUCUUAUGAAGCUGGCAAUGCAAAGAAAUCUGAUUAG